GAUGCCGAACAGGGAUCAUACUUGAGAUGGCUCAGGAUGUCAUAUGACACAGAGAAGACAUGCCUCUUGAUUCCUCAGGAAACUCGAGCAUCAUGUGUGUUCCACACAGCUGAUGAGAAAGAUGAAAUCCCAGACAUGGGAGAGGACAGUGUUUUAGAGAUGUUGAGCUACUCGAAGUUCAUGGACCUGGAGACAUGGCUGUGUAUGCCAUCAACGAUGCUACCCAGGAGUGUGGAAUCCACUCUCUCUGCCUCACCAUUGUCCUGCGAUAGUGACUCUGGAGACACAGAUAGCAGUAAGCCCCUACAGAGGGACUCCAUCUACCUGAACCAUGGCCAGCAGACGGAGAACCGCCUACGACCACCUUCCCCCAUGCUGUCUGUUUCCAUGCCCCCCGAGGCCCCUGUGGCUCUGCGGACCACCUCUACACCGGUUCUCAAGUCCAGCAUAGCCGCCUGUCCGGGGGGUGUGAGUUACAAGAAGCGGCGACGCCUGGCUGCCAGCCCUGGAGGUCUGCACUGGAGUGCCUCAGGGUCAGUGCUGCGUGACUAUGACAGAGGAGAGACAGCCUGUGCGAGGCAGGUGAAGCGCAGCCUUAAGCCCGCUGCCCAAGUGAGAUCGACCACCACUGCCCAUGCCGAUCUCUGGGGGGAUCGAGUAGCCCUGAGGAAGACUGUGUCAGUGGACGACAGACUUCUGCAGCCGUCACCCAGAGAGCUGCACCGCAGACUGCUUAGCCGGCUGGAGAGAGGAAAGAAGAAACUCAGAAACAUCCAUAGUCUUGGGGCAACUGGGAGAUAUGAAACCCGUGCAAAAUCUGAGAGCAAGAUCUCCCGCCUGGCUCAGAAACUCAACCAAAGGCAGAGCAAUGCAGCGCUGAUCAGGGACUUUCGACCACUUCUCUUCUUCAGCGGUUCUCCAGGGAGCUCGCAGAGCCUUGACAGGACCUUCUCUGUUAGCAUGACCCAGCAGAUGCAGAACCUGCAGCUAACCCAAAGCAAGAAGGGGGCAGGCCCCGCCUCCCCGAGUGCGGCCAAGCGCCUGUACCGCAACCUGUCUGAGAAGCUGAAAGGCAGCCAUUCCUCUUUUGAGGACGUCUACUUCUUUGGCCGCUCAGAUCGCGUCCGCAAAGCCUCGAAUGUGCACAGCAGCGAGGCUCUUUUCGAGGUGGUGGAGCAGCAGGACCUGGAUGGCGUACAGAUCCUGCUGUACCAGUACACGGCUGACGAGCUAGACCUCAACACACCCAACAGCGAGGGCCUGACCCCACUCGACAUCUCCAUCAUGACCAACAAUGUGCCCAUUGCCAAACUGCUGCUCAAAGCAGGUGCCAAGGAAAGCCCACAUUUUGUGAGCCAGGAGCGCCGGGAGGCCCAUCUCUCAGCGUUGGUGCAGGAGGCUCAGAGGAGAGCCAGUGAGCUGUCCACGCAGGUGAUGAGGGAGAACCUGAGUCUGGAGCCGUCUGACAAGGAGAAGCAGCUCAAGGCCUGGGAGUGGAGAUGCAAGCUCUACAAACGCAUGCGCACCGGCUUUGAGCACGCACAGGCUCCAGAGGCUCCGGCGGCUGUGCGCUUGACUGUGAGCAGCAGUACGUCUCUGACUGUCACCUUCCAGGAACCAGUAAGCAUGAACUCAGCUGUGGUCACCAAAUAUAAAGUGGAUUGGAGCUGUCUAAAGGACUUCUCUUUAUUAGUGGGAGAGAUGAUCCUAGAGAAUCUCCAGUCUCUCAGGUGCACAAUAACAGGUCUUACUACGGGAAGACAGUACUAUGUCCGGGUAUCUGCAUACAACAUGAAGGGCUGGGGACGAGCGCAGCCCUCUCAGCCCCCUUGUGCUGUUCCCUCCAACUGGAAGGAGUGUGAUGGACGAGAGUCCCGUCGGAGAGGGCAUGUUGAGGCCAUGGAGAGGCUGCUCCAGCAGGUCCGCGCCACACACCAACACUACAGCUGUGGAGACAUGUUGAAGCUGCAGAACUCCAGCCGGAAGCAGUCGGUCUCGAGAAGCCUGAAACAUCUCUUUCAUUCCUCCACUAAAUUUGUUAAAAGUCUUAAAAGAGGGAUCUACAUAGCCGCAGUGUUUUAUCACAAGGACAGUCUGCUGGUGACUAAUGAGGACCAGAUCCCCAUCGUGGAGGCGGAGGACUCCUACAGCAGCUCCCUCAUGCAGGACUUUCUGUGGUUUACCAAGCUGUCCUGUAUGUGGGAGGAUGUCCGAUGGCUAAGGCAGAGCAUGGCUAUUUCCACAUCCUCCUCCUCCACAUUGCAGUCCAGGCAGAAGAUGCUGGUGGCGGCUGGUCAGCUCCAGAACCUUCUGGGCACCCACAACCUGGGCCGGGUCCACUACGAGCCAAUUAAGGAUCGCCAUGGCAACGUGCUGCUGGUGACCGUAAGAGAGAUGGAGAGCCUGUAUUCCUUCUUUAAUGGGAAGUGGAUGCAGGUAUCCAAAUUGCAGAGCCAGAGGAAGUCUCUGUCCACGCCCGAGGAGCCAUAUGCCCUGGACAUUCUGCUCAUCACCAUACAGGACACCCUAGCGUACCAGCGGCGCAGCCAGCACCGACUGUCUCCAGGGCUUUACCUCGGCUACCUGAAGCUCAGCAGCUCUGUGGACCAGAUCAAGGUGCUGGUCCCACAGCGAACCCCCAACAUGCUCUGCCAUGCCAGAAUACGGGACAACUGGAACGUCUCGAGAGAUGAGUGGGAAUGGCUGCAGACUCUGUCUGGCCCAGUAGAGGUGGAAAGAGCAGAUCAGGAGGCAGAGUGCCAUGCUCCCCUGCUCCUUCCAGAGCUCCAGACAGCCAUUAAGAGUCUGCUCCGCCAGAUCAAUCUACCUCUGCACCAGGCCAAGCACUUUCGUCUGUACACACAGGAGGUGCUAGAGCUGGGUCACAAUGUGUCCUUUCUUUUGCUGCUGCCUGCCUCAGACGACGUGUGCACAGCGCCAGGCCAGGCCAAUCACUACACGCCCCACUCAGGCUUCCUUAACCUCCCUCUUCAAAUGUUUGAGCUCGUUCACUUCUGUGCGUAUAAGGAGAGGUUUAUCAGUCUGUAUUGCCGUCUGUCCUUGGUUCUCGACCUGGACGCCUUGAUAACCCAGCAGGCACUCAGAGAAGCCAUUACUGACUCUGAACUCUCCACUGCUAAACAGAGACACCAGCAUAUACUGGACUACAUUCAGCAAAUGGAUGAAAUGUGGCGGGAUAUACGGUGGAUCACUGAUGCCCUGCAGUAUGCCCGUUAUAAGCAGCCUCUGGGUGGAAUGCCAAUCACCUGGCUGGUGAAUGCCAGUGCAGAGCCUGUAACACAGAAGAAUGACUCCACUUCCUCAAACACUGACUACCUGCCAACUCCCUCUCCCUCCCCUGAGAUGAGGAGAAGAAAAGCUACAAGUGACUCCCAACCAGGCUCGGAUGAAGAGGGCUGCUCCGAGGUCUUCCUCCCCACAGACAGCGACUAUGACUCAAGUGAUGCCCUGAGUCCACGGGAUCUAGACCUGGUCUACUCCUCUGCUCAGGAUCUGUCCCAUCAGGCUGUGCAUGCCCUGAGCGGCAGUGCUCCAGAUGUCCUACAGAUGCAUGACCUCAAAUACAGUGCCAUCUCCAAGGUCAGUCUGGACACUGAGUCCUGCACUAAGGACAUGGAGGAGCUCUCCCUGUCUGCCUAUUCCACCAAGUCCUCGGACAGGGCAUCUCGCUGCAAGUUUCUAAUUGACCCGCCACCCAAGCGGAAGCUGCUCUCCAAGAGCCAUCCCCAGAGGAGCUAUUUUGGUGGGCCCCACCGCUGGCUACGUGUGCAGAGUGAGAGCCAGGCAUCCUCGCUCUCUGAGGGAGUGUACACCCGGCAGAGUGACCUGGACCUGCCCCUGGAGCUCCCUCUGUCUUUACCACACUCCCCGUCUGCCUCCUACCGCUUGGAUGAGAGGAAGGCUGCUUCUAGAGACAGCAAGCCAAACGUGCGCAGGAUCUUUGUGGAGUCCUGCAGUACGACAUCCCCCACCAGAGCUGGUGCUGACUGGCUGGAGGAGAGAGAGGAAGAAGACCCAGGGGCCACUGUGAGGGAGACGUUGUCCAUGUUCGGUGUUGACUCGGAAGCUCAGGAUGUGGAUUCAGAUGACCAAACAAAUGAUCAAGUUUCUGAAAUACUCAGCAGCACACUUUAGAAUGAACCCUCUUGCAUCACUGUAUCAUGUUGGUGUGUCUUGUCAUAUUGCCACCAAAUUGCCUCUAAACUCCACAAUAACUUCAUUUUUAAGCAUGUAGACUCAAUGUUGUAAAAGAUGGAAUUUUACCCUAACUAAUUAUUGCAACCUCUUGGUAAAAUGUAGAAAAAUAAUAUUGAAAGUUGCUGGUCAACUCUGUAGGACUCAUAAUCCGUGGCUCUGACUGUUAAAAUGCUGAAUCUUAAUGCAACAUGAAAUAAAGUGCUGCUUUUACCUUUGAACUUGAAACUGCUUAUGCAUAGACUGGUAUCAUAGGUAAAAAGUGAAAAGUAGUACUUUUACUCCAUCUCUGAUUAUGGCUUUCAGAUAUAGCCACAUGUUAUGAAAUAUUUGUGUUUUGCCCUCAAAAGCAUCUUGGUUAAUCAGGCAUAAUUUGGAUGUCCAGGGAAAUUAUUUUGUCUACUGGCACAGAAAAAAAAUUAGACUGGGGUUGCUCCUAAUGAUUCUCCCCUAAAAGAUGCAACAGUCUGAUAAGUUACGCAGAUGUUAAGUACAAUUUGUGUAAUAAGAAGUCCUAAUCUCUUUAUGCAGAAGAUAUAAGACACUUCAGUAUCUGAAAAUGGUGUCUGUUUAGAUUCGCUUGAGGCUAGACUUGGGUUCUGAGUAUUAAACAGGACAUUGUAAAAGGGUUCACUCCAGAUGAAGGCAAUGUGUGAGUGAAAGCUAAUCCUCUACAAACAUGCAAAGCGGUUUUUAGGACUUUUUAAUUGUAGUCAUAGGGAGCGCACACAUUAUUUUCAGAGUUCAGUGAACAGGUUGCGACUGUCUUAGCAAAUGCCUUGAGGUGUAUACUUUUUCUUUGUUUAGGAGGAUUUGUGGUGUGCAGUUCUUCUCUGAAGUAUUAGUGGUGUGAUCCAUUUGUCCUCAUUCUUUGUGAUGCUGGCUAGCCUAUUAGCCUUAAAAUAAAUGAAAAUGUCUCGUCUUGUAUGAAAAGACAGGUAGAAAGUGUGCUUUAGAGAGCUGUUUGCAUCCUAUGCAUGAUGAAUGCAGCAGAAAUUCAUAUAUUUACUAGCCUUUUGCCCUUAUAAAGAGUGAUGCCACCUUGUUUCUUUUUUGGUACUGCAAAUUUGUACCUCUAUAUGAAGGGUGUACACCACUUUAUUUGAAAGGUAUUUGAGUAUUUGGGUAUAUUGCAACUAAAAUAAAUAAUAAAUUAUCGUACUCUGACAUUUGGUGUCAUAAGCCAUAGAGAUUUUUACUGUAUAGACAAAUAUAAAGAAAUAUAGUAAGGAGGUUUAAGUACUGCACUGAGAGAGGCUCUGUAUGUAUUGAGCCAGGGUUUUGCUCUUUGUAAGUACGGCAUGCAUUUAGCUCAUGAUGGUUAUUCCACAGAGGUUUA